GCGGUGCAUUGUUCGCAUAUUCGCGUAGGAGGAACUGCCCGGAGACAGCCAUGCGACUGGCAUUGAUACUGUGCACUCUGAGCGCGGCCGUGUGCCUGGCCAGCGGCCUGGGCCAGCCGGAGGCGCCCACCAAGGCGUCCAGCUACCCCAAGAAGGUGACGACGCUGAAGAAGCGACCGACCAAGACGCCCACAGCGGUGACCGCAGCCACAUCGAGCAGCAGCACAGCCGCUGGGGCCAGUGGUCGGACGACCAGCAAGCCGAGCAAGCCACGCGUGAAGAUCGGCAAGACCAGCAGGCAGACGGCGACGACGACAGUCACCAGGGGCACCACCAAGGCGCCCGCUUUGGCCGCCAGCUUUGGCAAUCUGCCCGCCGAUGAUCUGGAGUUCAUCAAGGAGCUGGACAAGCAGUUCAAGCUGCACGGCGACAAGAUCAAGAUCAAGGUGGAGCGAGACAACGCCACGGGCAGUGGCAGUGGCAGUGGCGGCGGCGGCAAGAACAGCAAGCGGACCAUCGAAGGGGAGCUGGGCUAUGGCUAUGCCCAUCCGGGGUACGACUACACGCCGCCCAAGUUCAUGUUCUAUCCGUACUCGCAGCACGACAUUCCGGCCACAGAGGCACCGCUGGAUACCUACGGCAGCUAUGCACCCUCCGGCUUUGCCCAUCCCCAGCCGGAGCAGGAGCAGGAGCCAGAGGAGCCGCAGCAGCAGCAGCGGCAGGAGCACCAGCAACAGCAGCAGCAGCACGUGACUAGCGUGACCAUCGAGCCAUCGUACUCCUACGAGCUGAAGCCACAGACCACCUACGAGACACAGGCACCGCAUCCGACACAGCCCCAGGAGCACCAGCCGCAUCCCAGCCAUGGCCUGGAGCAGCCUCAGAUUGAUCUGCCGCAGGAGGAGGAGGAGCAGCAGCAGCAGCAGCAUGCGGCUCAGGGCGGCUACCAGGAGCCGGUCAUUGUGCUGCGCAUACCCGGGCCCGCAAAGUACGCCGCCCAUCUGCAGACCCUGCUGCAGCAGUACCUCGAGAUCCGGGCGGCCCAGUACUUGAGUCUGCUGCAAGAGGCCGAGCAGCAGCAGCAGCAGCAACCGCAACAUGUGGAUAUCACGCAGCAAUAUGGUGUCCCCGAGCAGGGGCCCUACCACCCCGAUGUGAGCUAUGCCCACCAGCUGGCGCCCACGCCACAGCCCGUGCAGUAUGCGGCCAUUGACGAUGUCUACCAGAGCUACAAGGGGCGCCACCAGCAGCAACAGCAGCAGCAGCAGGCCUACUACGCGCCAACGGGCUACCAGCAGCCGACGCAAUUCUACUACGCCCAGCCACAGUCCCAUGGCCAUGGGCAGGGCCAGGCACAGCCGCAGCUCUACCUGAUAGCCAUGGCCCCACAGCCGGAUUACGGAGAGGCAGCAGCACCACAGGCGGACUACGGAGAACCACAUCAGCAGCAGCAGCAACAGCAGCAACAGCAACAGCAGCAACAGCAACAGCAGCAACAACCGAUCUAUGUGCCCGAGUCAGAGCCACCCACUGGCCCCGAGGCGGAAGAGGAGCACAGUCUACCCAUCACGGAGAACAAUCCGCGGCCCACCCACACCAAGGUCAUCUUCAAUUCACACCCCAGCCACAUGUACCCCGCCCUGCGCCAAUACUCCCAGCAGCAGCAGCAGCAGCAGCUGCACCAGGAGCAGCAGCAGCUGGAGCAGCAGGAGGGCGCCUCCGAGGAGAGUGCUCCGAGUGGCCAGCGGCCGUACAACUACCAUGCCCACGGCCUCAAGAUGCGCCAGGGCAAGCGUUCGGCCAAGGCGCAGCAACCAGAGGCGACGGCCGGUGACCAGCGACUGCAGCAGAUCCGAGAGUACGUGCGGGAGAAGCUCGGCGCGGAGAUGGGCUCGGCGGUGGAGUACAAGACGACGCAGCUGCUGGAGGGCUAAAGCGUUGCCAGCUCCCAUCUCCCAUCUCCCAGCUCCAUUCUUAGUACUAGCUCGUAAUUGUAAUUGUAAUCGUGAUGUUUGUUGUUGAAGUUGCUUCUCGUGCCUGAAAUCCGUUCAUUAGUAUUUAUUCUGCGCCACGUGGGAGUGCAGCUGCCGCCGCCCCGCCCAGCCCUGCUCGCCACCCAGCCAGCUCAUUUUGAGCCACUCAUUAAUCC